AUGCAUUGUAAUCGUACAAACGGUAUGCCUCGUGGAGACUUUAACAUCUAUUUUGCCAGCGGCAGAAGGGGAUAUGUCAGAGCUGAGGAGGCAGUAGGCAUAGCUCUGCUGGUGGUCAUCCUGGCAGCUCUCCUCAUCCUGGGCUGCUGGUAUUUCAAAAAAAGGAGUGGCUACAAAAUAAUCAGGAGCCCCAGGUCUGGGUCAUCAGGUCACACAGGAGGCCAGUACUCAGAGGCUGGACCUUCAGCAGAUAACAAGAUGGCUCUCACAGACUUUGGCAGCUUCCGACCAGCGGUUCCUAAUGCUCCUCCAGCCUAUGAAAAGAUCUCUUCAGGGCCGCUGCCUCCUCCCUAUUCCCCCUAA